UGCUGCUUUUCUUUGGCAUUUUCUAUUUGCUAUGUUUCACUCAUGUCCUCUGCUGAGCUGAGAUACCCUCCUCUCUCUCUCUCUCUCUACACUCUGAACCUCCGACGAGCUCCGGUACUUGGUUGCAGAGCCAAUGGCGCAGAAUCCGACGCGAAACGGUGCGUUUCUAGCCAUUUAGGUCCUCUCUGGUCCUUCCAAAAGCGACAUUAGCUGCUCGCAGUAGCUGGCGGUUCUGUGCAGCAGUGAGCAGCGAAGAUUCGGUGAUUCCUCGGAUUCCUGCCUAUUAUAGUUUUGUGGGAGUUGCUGCAUUCUGAUGAAUCCGUUCAGUAUUCGGUGGUUCGAGUUCGUCGUGCGAAAUUGGUCGCAGUUUGUUGAUGUCCUCUGGAUCUGAUUGCUGCCGACACCACAAAUUUCUGCACUUUUCUUACUCUCAACGUGCAUAUAUGUUGUUAGCUUGUGGAAGUUGCAUUUAAGUUCCUUCUGAUUGAGCAGAAUUAGUUGGACCGUAGUACAGUAGUUAUUGGGAGAAUCCCGGGGUAGAUGAAGAGAUGGUUCUUGGUAUGAAGGCAAAAGCUCGAAAAGGGCCCACUGAAAAACUCAAUUACCUGGUUCACAUCGAGGAGAUCAAGCCUUGGCCUCCAUCGCAUUCUCUCAGAUCCCUUCGCUCCGUGCAGAUUCAGUGGGAAAAUGGUGAAAGAAGUUCCAGAUCAACUAGUUCGGUCGUUCCGUCUCUCGGUUCCGGCGUUAAUGAUGGCAAAAUCGAAUUCAACGAGUCUUUUAGGCUUCCUGUGACUCUACUCCGGAAUAUGUCUGUCAAAGCUGGGGAUGCUGAUACAUUCCAAAAGAAUUGCUUGGAGUUCAGCUUGUAUGAGCCUCGCAGAGAUAAGACUCUGAAAGGCCAGCUGUUAGGAACUGCUGUAAUAGACUUGGCGGAUUAUGGUAUAAUCAAAGGGAGCUUAAGCAUAAAUGUUCCAGUGAAUUGCCAGAGGAACUAUAAGAAUACAGCUCAACCACUUCUUUAUGUCAGGAUUCAGCCUGUUGAUAAAGGCCGAACCAAUAUCUCCUCAAAAGAUGGCUUCUCAAAUCAGGCGUCAGUAGAAAAGAAUGGUGCCGAAUCUGUUUCAGACUUAAUGAAAGAAGAAUAUGCGGAAGAAGCAGAGAUUAACAAUUUCAGUGAUGACGAUGUUUCAUCUCACUCAUCAGCAGCGGUUUCCUCUGCUGAAUCUAAUGGUAGUUUACCUCCUACGAGUGAACAGAAUAAUGGUGGUGGAGGUGAGGAGAAGCAGAUUUUAACUUCAGACAAAGGGCAUAUGACAUCCAAUGCUUUAUCAAGCACACCUCGAGAAAACACUGCAGGUAGCUCUUCUAGUUCAUCAUCGAUGGACCUCUCUUAUGAUCUGGGAAGUCCGGAAAAUGGUCAUGCUUUCUAUUCUAGCUCUCCAAAAUCUAGCUCUGUAUCUAUUCAAAGUGCAGUUGUCCAGAGUGCUCAUUCUUCUUCAUCAUCUUCGGCUGAUGACCAAAUAGAAGAAGAGUCCAAUAAUGAGAGAAUGGUCCAGGCACAUGAAGGGGUUGCCAAUGGAAAAAUGGAAGUUGAAAAUGGUGCUGCACGUAAUGUUAAUGAUUCAUCAAUCAGUUCUUCAGCCCCUGUAGAUUCUUAUUAUCAGAAUCAGAUUAAAGCAAAUGGGUAUAAUGCUCUGCACAAUGAAGAGAAGGAUGCAAGGGCUUCGGUCAUUGAAGAAACUUAUCCCAAUCAGAAUGAAGAUAGGGUUUCUGUCGAUACUGGUGAAGAACUGGAUUCACCAGCAAUUGGUGUAUCUUCCUUUAGCAGGGCAAAUCAUGGGUCAAGGGGAGUUACUCCUUCAAGUGACAGAGUAAAGCAUGUGAUGUCUGUUCGAUCAACCUCGGAUUCUGUUAGGAGUAGCGGAAUGAACAGGUCAGUGGAGGAAGUGAAGGAAGUUGCCAUCACGCGAGAUGUACAAAAUGGAACAAGAAGCUUCAGAACUAAUGAAAGAAAAGAUGUUAAGUUUUGUGCCAAGGAUACUCGGAGCACUCUUUUGGAAGCUAAAGUCCAGCGUCUGGAGCACAGAAUCCAAAUAUUGGAGAGUGAGUUGAGAGAAGUUGCUGCUAUUGAGGUCUCUCUUUAUUCAGUGGUCGCAGAGCAUGGGAGUUCCAUGGCUAAGGUCCAUGCUCCAGCUCGGAGACUUUCCCGCAUGUAUCUUCAUGCUUGUGAAGACCGCUCUUUGACAAGGAGCGCUAGUGCAGCUAGAAGUGUCAUUUCUGGUCUGGUGUUGAUCUCGAAGGCAUGUGGGAAUGAUGUCCCAAGGUUGACCUAUUGGUUAUCAAAUUCAGUUGUAUUAAGAGGUGUUAUAAGCCAGGCUGUGGCAAAUAGAGAGCUACCAAUAUCUCCAGCAGCCCGGAUUGAAAGAGUCAACACUGUCAAAGGACCAUCACCAUUAAAAUGGGAGUCUUCUCCCGGUAAGAAGGGAAGUGAGUGUAUGCGUUCUUUGGACUGGGAGGACCCACAGACAUUCAUUUAUGCGUUAGAGAAGGUUGAAGCUUGGAUCUUCUCCCGCACUAUUGAGUCCAUAUGGUGGCAGACCUUGACUCCCCAUAUGCAAUCUGCUGGAGGGAAAGCAAUCAGGAAAGCAACAGAUACAGAUGAUCAAAAUCGAGGAAACAUCUCAGUGGAUCUGUGGAAGAAAGCCUUUAAGGAUGCCUUUGAAAGGCUUUGUCCUGUUCGAGCUGCUGGGCAUGAGUGUGGAUGCUUACCUAUGCUGCCUAGAUUGAUAAUGGAGCAAUGUGUGGCAAGAUUAGAUGUCGCCAUGUUCAAUGCCCUCCUGCGUGAAUCUGCGGAUGAGAUCCCAACAGAUCCAGUAUCUGACCCCAUUGGCGAUUCCGAAGUUCUCCCUAUUCCAGCUGGAAGAUCAAGCUUUGGAGCUGGUGCGCUGCUGAAAAAUGCGAUUGGGAACUGGUCGAGAUGGCUUACUGAUCUAUUUGGGAUGGAUGAUGAUUUAACUGAAGAUGAAGAACCAGCUGAUGAGGAUGAUGAUGAUGACGACGACGAUGAUGAUGAAAGACAAGAUAGUUCCUUCAAGUCAUUUUAUCUCCUAAAUGCGUUGAGUGACCUUAUGAUGCUGCCAAAAGACAUGCUUCUGAGUAAAUCCAUCAGAAAAGAGGUAUGCCCUACUUUUGGUGCUUCACUGAUUAAGAGGGUAUUGAGCAACUUCGUCCCAGAUGAGUUCUGCCCCGACCCAAUCCCAAAAGUUGUGUUUGAAGCCUUGGACUAUGAGGAUCCAAUUGAAGCCGAGACUGGUUCUGUGACAACUUAUCCAUAUAUUGCGGCCCCCCCAUUAUAUGUACCGCCUUCGCCAGCUUCCGUUGUAGGAAUUAUUGGGGAAAACAAUGGUCCCGCUCCUUUCAGAAGAAGUGGGUCAGCUGUGCUUAGAAAAUCAUACACGAGUGAUGAUGAGCUCGACGAGCUGAAUUCCCCAAUGGCUUCUCUUCUACUCGAUGGGACACAGUCUUCUCCUGUGGCACGCAGAGAUCACCAGAAUGCCCUGAGGUACGAACUGCUUCGGGACGUGUGGUUGAACAGUGAGUAGCAAGCAAGCUGGUGACAUUGCAAUGGGUGCGGCUUGUAAAUGUACAACAAACAUCAUCUACCAAUUUUGGUCCCAUCCCAUGGUCUCUUCUGUCAGUUGGGGAUCCCAUGCUACUCUUGGAUUGUCUCCCUCCUGUAUAUAGAUCGUCUCUGGAGUUACGGCAUGAUCCGUGAAGUCAGUCCUCGUCAGGAUUUGUACGACAUUGUAGCAUACGCUUUGUAAAACUGCAUCUAUCUCAAUAAUGCUCGUGUAUAUUAGACAACGGCGUAAAUCCCGGGCAAGUGGAAACCGUCCCCUUCGUAUACAUUGAGAAGGUAGGACAAAUUUACGUGGACGACUCUAUCUUGGGUCUACACGGACUUGAAUCCAUUUGCAAUCCAAAAGUUUAAGCUAA